CAAACGCUAACCUCCUCUCAUAAACUGCUCACGAGGACCGAGAAUUCCCACACUAUGGGCCAAUGCUAUGCAUAGAUGAGACGAAGAACCACCACCGCCACCGCCGCCACCGCCGCUCUCUGCGAUGGGAUACUCCAACAUUUAUAUUCUCACUCGCCUUACAGGCCCUAUAUCAAACAGGUUCCAUCUCUUCACACUUUCUUCUCACUCCUCACUACUCACCGCCAAUUCUCAUGUCUCACGGACCCUUCACCGCCGCCAUCUCCGCCGACCCCAGAUAACAAAACCCACAUAGAUUUAUCUUCCGUUUGUUGCUCUGGAAUUGCCCAGUCUGUGUUUUCGAGAAGUUCCCAAUUUUUUGACAAGAACAAAAGCAGAGACUUUGCCAAUGCUUCUCUGAAAGACCUUCUUUUGGAGAUUUAUGAUGUGGUGCCCGAAUACACUCGUAGAAUUAGGCGGGUUUCGGAGCUAAAACCUGAAGAUGUGCUCGGAUUAUUACUGGGUUUUCGAUUUCAGUGUGGGAGAGUUGGGUUUGAAGUUAGAAAGGUUGAGUCUUUGUGGGAGAUUUUCAAAUGGGUUAGUGGACAGAGUAAGGGUUUUAAGCAUUUUUCGGAGUCGUAUGUGAUCAUGGCCUCGAUGCUUAUACGAGUGGGGUUGCUUAGAGAAGUUGAAUUCUUGCUUUCCACAAUGGAAAACCAAGAAAUUGUAUUGAGUAGUAAUGAAGUUUUCAGUGAUUUGAUUGAAAGGUAUGUUAAUGCUGGUGAAUCAGAAAGGGCCAUUUCGAUGUACGACCGAAUGAGGCGGCAUUUAGUCCCUUCGUUAUCGUGUUAUGAUGCUUUUCUUGAUCAUUUAGUUAAAAUGAAGAAAACUGAAUUGGCUGUUCGAGUUUGUUGGGAUAUGGUGGAAUUGGGUGCGGAUUUGAGAGGUUUGAAGGAGGGUACGGUUGAGAAGAUCAUUGGAUUGCUUUGCAGGGAUGGAAAGAUACAGGAAGCAAGAAAUCUUGUGAAGAAGGCUAUGGCUUUUGAGCUCAGGCCUAGCAACUCAGUUCUGUAUGAAAUUACUUGUGGUUAUUGUGAGAAGAAGGACUUUGAUGAUCUGUUGAGUUUCUAUGCCGAAAUCAAGUGUGCACCUGAUGUUCUGGCUGGGAAUAGGAUUAUGCAUUCUCUAUGUAGCAGUUUCGGGACAGGAAGGUCAGAACUAUAUAUGCGAGAAUUAGAACAUUUAGGCUUCAGUCCUGAUGAGUUAACCUUUGGGAUCAUGAUUGGCUGGAGUUGUCGUGAACGAAAACUCAAAAAUGCCUUCAUUUACUUGUCAAAUAUGUUGGCAAGACAACUAAAGCCCCAUAAGUAUACCUAUAAUACUCUUAUCAGUGGGGUCUUUAUGGGGGAUAUGUGGAAGCAUGCUGGGGAAAUUUUUGACGAGAUGGUGGAUAGAGGGACAAAACCUAAUCUAUCGACUUUCAGAAUUCUCUUAGCAGGCUAUUGUAAAGCUAGACAAUUUGAUGAAGCGAAAAGGAUAGUUUUUGAUAUGGCAGGCCACGGAUUGGUUCAAAACUCUUCAGUAGAGGAUCCACUAUCGAAGGCAUUUACAAUUUUAGGAUUCGACCCAUUAGCUGUGAGAUUGAAGAGAGAUAAUGAUGUGGGGUUUUCUACAACGGAGUUUUAUGAUAGUCUUGGAAAUGGACUUUAUUUGGAUACAGACUUGGGUGAGUAUGAGAAGAGAGUCACUGAGAUCCUAGAAGAUUGCUUGGUUCCCGACUAUAAUUCACUUAUGAUGAAAGAAUGUGCUCUUGGAAAUUUUAAGAGUGCGUUGAUGUUGGUUCAUGAAAUGGUUCAAUGGGGGCAAGAAUUGUCUUUUUCUGCCUUCUCUGCCUUGCUGAAAGGGCUCUCUGCUUCCCCUUCGCAUAUCAAGGAAAUUGCCAAUAUUGUGGAUAAAAAGCGUCACUUGGUAAAUCAGCUAGACGAAGAAAUUCUAAAUUUUAUUGUCCAAGCAUACAUCAAGAAAGGAUUGACAUCUGAUGGGUGGAGAAUGUUGAAUGAAAUGUUCCAAAGGCAUCUGAAAAUCAAUAACGAGACUUAUACUGCUGUAAUUAAAGGUCUAUGCAAGAGAGGAAACUUGAUGGAGCUGCAUCUUUGUUGGGAUUUUGCUCAACACGACAGAUGGUUGCCAGGGUUUGAAGAUUGUAAAGCUUUAAUAGAAUGCCUUUGCAAGAAAGAAAUGAUAACAAAAAUGGUGCAGCUUCUUGAAAGUAUGCUUGUAUCCUUCCCUCACUCAAGGUUAGAUGUAUGUCAUAUGUUCAUAGAAAUUCUUUCCAUUCAAGGUUUUACAAGAACUGCGCAUGUAUUGUUGGAAGAACUUGAACAGCGUGGUGGCAUCCUCGAUCAUAUGGCUUAUAGGUAUCUUAUAAUGGGAUUGUGUAAGGAGAGAAAGUUUCAUGUAGCUUUUACGAUAUUGGACAAUAUGCUGGCUAGAAAUUUGGUGCCAUGUUCGGAUGUUUUAGUCCUAUUAAUUCCUCAGUUGUGUAGGGCUGGUAGGUAUGAAAAAGCCAUUUAUUUGAAAGAGAUUGGUCUAAAAGAGAAAUCUUAUUCUCCGCUUACCAUUGAUCGUGCAUUAUUCGAAGGCUGUUGUAUUACAGGGAAAGUUGGCGAAGCAACCACUCUAAUACAGAGUAUGGUAAUGAAGGGGCUACAUCCGGAUGCUGAAGUUUACAAUAUUCUGGUUCAGGGUCAUUGUAAGAUUAACAACUUAAAGAAAGUGAGGGAGCUACUUGGUAUCAUGAUAAGGAAAAGUUUCAGCAUUUCAUUCUCAACUUUCCGCAAUUUGGUGCGGUUAAUGCGUGUGGAAGGUAGGGUUCUUCAUUUGUUGAGUCUGAAGGAGCUCAUGCUUGGACAAAGUGAGCGUCAUGGUCUCACCAUUCACAAUAUUACGAUUUUCUAUCUUUUCCAAACUGGGAAUGCUUUGCUUGUCAAUAAAGUGGUAGAUCAUUUGCAAGAGGAAGAAUUGCCGCUCGAUGAAGUAACUUACAAUUUUCUUGUUUAUGGGUUUUCUCGGUGUAAAGAUGUGUCAAGUGCUGUGGACCAUUUGUGUACUAUGAUCUCCAAGGAUUUCAGGCCAAGCAACCGCAACUUGAGAAUAGUUAUAACCAGCUUGUGUGGUAUUGGCGAGCUUGAGAAAGCCGUGGAUUUGUGUCGAGAAAUGGAAUUGAGAGGCUGGGUUCAUGAUUCAAUCAUUCAAAAUGCGAUUGUUGAGGGCCUUCUUUCUCAGGGUAAGCUUAAAGAAGCAGAAGGUUUUCUUGACAGGAUGGUAGAGAAAUGUCUAGUUCCUGAAAAUAUCAACUAUGAUAAUCUAAUUAAACGAUUUUGUUCGUAUGGAAGACUGAGCAAGGCAGUUGACCUGCUAAACAUAGUGUUGAAGAAAGGAAAUCUUCCGGCCUCUACCAGUUAUGAUUCUGUCAUCAGCUUUUGCUGCGUGGUUAAUAAACUGGACCAAGCUAUGGAUUUUCUUACUGAGAUUUUGGACAGAAAUCUCAAGCCAAGCAUCAACAGUUGGGACAUUCUUGUUCACAGUUUAUGUCGGGAUGGACAAACUGCAGAAGCAGAACGGCUUUUGAAUUCUAUGGUUUGUGUGGGCGAACCAGUGACGAGGCAGAUAUAUUUGUCUGUAAUUAAUAGGUAUCGUUCAGAAAACAAUCUCAGGAAGGCAUCAGAGCUCAUGCAAAAAAUGCAAGAGAGUGGUUUUGAGCCAGACUUUGAGACACACUGGUCUCUCAUAAGCAAUCUAAGCAAUUCUCGUGACAAGGACAACACAAACAGCGGAGGGGGUUUCCUGUCAAGGCUUCUCUCUGCAAGUGGAUUUUCCUGGAAAAAGAAUUCAUAACAAAACUUUGAUAACACAGGUGCUUCUCAUGGUUAUGAACGGAAAACCGCAGGCAUACAGCAAGCGAUUUAGCCGGAAUUCUUAACAGAACUCAAAAGCUGUUGAUUGUGCUUAUACAGUAGGGCAAGACGCAGUUGUACGUACAACAUUGUAAGCUGUAUUGUGUGAGUGGAGUAGAAAGAUAAGCGAGAGGUGGCUUAUUUUUCCAGCAUGCAGGCGCAGGUUUUGGUGUUGAAGGAUAAUAUAAAGUAGGAAAGCUUACCAACUCUUCAGUAACAAAACCGACCGUUGAUAUAUACCAUUGUUGUGGAACAUGGUGGGGAAUUUGGAAAAUUGUAAAUGGAAUUAAAAAAAAAAAAACCAAAAGGUUCUAGAUC